UUUCGGACGGCACGCGCUCUCCCCUUCUCUCUGCGCGCUCCGCGAUGAUCCGCUCGCACUGCUCCGAUCACAGCCGACGCACGUCAUAAGCGCUGUGAGGAGCUCGUAGAGGAGAACCAUAUACUUGUAUGUGUGAUAAACUCCGUGGCGCGCGGAAGAACUGACAGAAAAGACCGAAAAGAGAAACGCUCGCGCUCCGUUCAAAUACGCAGCGGCGUUUGGAUUAUCACUGGAUGUGAAUAAACUCUUUUCAACUGAACUCCCACAACACCAUGAUGAGGAAGAUGAUGGUGAGCAGGUUGUGAGAGCAUUGCAGGAGCGUUGUGAGCUGGCACACUCAGCGGGUGAGUUGUAACAUCAUGCCUGUGCCUAGCAUCCUUGUAGCGUUACCCUCCGUCCGACACUGUCUCCUGCUGCUCACCGCCUCCGUCCUGCUCACCAAUGCUGAGUCGCCACCAAAGUUCUUAAGAACCCCGAACGAUCAGACGGGUGUUCAGGGCGGCGUUGCCUCCUUCAUCUGCCAGGCCACAGGUGACCCACGGCCCAAAAUCGUGUGGAACAAGAAGGGGAAGAGAGUGAGCAACCAGCGUUUUGAGGUAGUUAUAGAGUUCGAUGAUGGAUCGGGCUCUGUGCUGAGAAUCCAGCCGCUGCGGACACCACGUGAUGAAGCCAUUUAUGAAUGUGUCGCCUCCAACAGUGUUGGGGAGACGAGCGCCACGACACGACUCACUGUUUUACGUGAGGAUCAGCUGCCCGCAGGUUUCCCCACCAUAGACAUGGGCCCUCAGCUCAAGGUGGUUGAGCGCACCCGUACCGCCACCAUGCUCUGUGCUGCUAGCGGGAACCCCGACCCAGACAUUUCCUGGUUCAAAGACUUCCUCCCGGUUAACACGAGUAACAACAACGGACGCAUCAAACAACUUCGAUCAGAGUCAUUUGGUGGUACGCCAAUAAGAGGAGCACUGCAAAUUGAACAAAGUGAGGAAUCGGACCAAGGGAAGUACGAAUGUGUCGCAACCAACAACGAUGGGACACGCUAUUCUGCACCUGCUAACCUGUAUGUCAGAGAGCUGCGAGAAGUGAGACGGGUUCCACCCCGGUUCUCCAUUCCCCCAACGGACAAUGAAAUCAUGCCCGGUGGCAGCGUUAACAUCACCUGUGUGGCCGUGGGGUCACCAAUGCCCUAUGUCAAAUGGAUGCUGGGGUCGGAGGAUUUGACCCCUGAAGAUGACAUGCCCAUUGGGCGAAACGUGCUGGAACUCACUGACGUCCGACAGUCGGCCAACUAUACGUGCGUCGCUAUGUCAACUCUGGGCGUUAUAGAGGCAGUCUCACAGAUUACGGUCAAAGCUUUACCGAAGCCGCCAGGUGUUCCCCAGGUAACGGAACGCACGGCAACAAGCAUCACGCUCACAUGGGAUUCUGGAAAUCCUGAACCUGUUUCUUAUUACAUCAUCCAGCACAAGCCCAAAAACUCUGAGGACUCUUAUAAAGAGAUUGAUGGAGUCGCCACAACUCGAUACAGUGUGGGUGGGCUGAGCCCUUACUCCGACUACCAAUUUAGAGUAGUUGCUGUAAACAAUAUUGGGCGUGGGCCGCCCAGUGAAGCCAUUGAGGCCAAAACGGUAGAGCAAGCACCAAGUACCGCCCCACGGCAAGUUAGAGGGCGCAUGCUGAGUGCCACCACUGCUGUAAUCCACUGGGACGAACCUGAGGAGGCUAACGGGCAGAUUACGGGCUACAGGGUUUACUAUACCACUGAUCCCAGCCAGGACGUCAACCAAUGGGAAAAACUGAUUGUAAGGACUUCCGACUUUCUCACCAUUCCGAGCCUGACGCCCAAUAAGACUUAUUACAUCAAGGUCCUGGCCUUCACCUCUGUAGGAGAUGGACCGCUCUCAUCUGAUUUGCAGAUCAUAGCUAAAACUGGAGUGCCAUCUCAACCGACAGACUUCAAAGGUGAAGCCAAAUCUGAGACGAGCAUCCUGUUGUCAUGGAACCCCCCCACUCAGACGGGCCAGGACAAUCAAAUCAUCGGAUACGAGCUGCUUUAUAAGAAAGGAGAUGAUAAAGAGGAGAAACGUGUUAGCUUUGAACCAACCACCACCUAUUUGCUGAAAGAUCUAAAGCCAUUUACUACAUACACAUUUCAGCUGGCUGCUCGCAGCAAACACGGCGUUGGCGCGUACACCAACGAAAUCUCAGCCGCAACACCUCAGACACAGCCCUCAGCUCCGCCCCAGGAAGUCAAGUGUACUAGUCCCAGUUCUACCAGCAUUCUGGUAAGUUGGAAACCACCACCAGUGGAGCUUCAAAAUGGAAUCAUGACCAAAUACACCGUCCAGUAUGCAGCAAUUGAAGGUGACGAUACCUCGUUGCAACAAAUAUCGGACAUACCGCCUGAAAAGUACCAUUAUCUAUUGGAAAACUUGGACAAGUGGACAGAAUACCGUGUGACAGUCAGCGCCCACACAGAAGCGGGGGAAGGUCCUGAGAGUUUACCUCAGCUAAUCCGUACAGAGGAAGAUGUGCCCAGUGGCCCUCCUCGUAAAGUCGAGGUGGAGGCUGUCAACUCCACAUCUGUUAAAGUACUGUGGCGGUCGCCGGUGCCGAGCAGACAGCACGGGCAGAUCCGUGGGUACCAGGUGCACUAUGUGAGGAUGGUUAAUGGGGAACCCAUUGGGCACCCUGUCAUCAAGGACAUCCUGAUCGAUGACGCUCAGUGGGAAUAUGAUGACUCAGCUGAACAUGAAUUAGUCCUCUUUGAUUUGCUCGCUGAGACCACAUACUCAGUUACUGUUGCCGCUUACACCACCAAGGGUGAUGGAGCGCGGAGCAAACCCAAGCUGGUCACCACCACCGGAGCUGUUCCGGAAAAGCCUCGUCUCAUGGUGAGUCCGACAAACAUGGGCACAGCGCUCCUGCAGUGGCACCCGCCGCCCAACAGCUACGGUCCACUGCAAGGCUAUCGCCUCCGAUUCGGUCGGAAGGACGUAGAGCCGCUAACGGUGAUUGAGUUCUCUGAGCGUGAGAACCACUACACCACCAAAGAGAUCCACAAGGGAGCAUCCUACACGUUCCGCCUCUCAGCCCGCAAUAAGGUGGGAUUUGGAGAGGAGACGGUGAAGGAGAUCACAACACAUGAGGACACACCAUCCGGUUACCCACAAGGCAUCAUAGCUGAAAGUAGCACAACGACCACAAUGCAGAUCAGCUGGCAGCUGGUUCUGUUAGCCGAGCGCAAUGGAGCCAUUAUCAAAUAUGCCCUUCAAUACAAAGAUAUCAACAGCCCUCGCAGUCCCUCAGAACUGUUCAUCACAGCACCUGAGUCCACCGUCAUGCUGGAUGGCCUUAAAGCAGACACGACUUACGAUAUUAAAAUGUGUGCCUUCACCAGUAAGGGCCCCGGUCCUUACAGUCCUAGCGUCCAGUUCAGAACCCAACCCGUCAACCAAGCAGUGUUUGCAAAAAAUUUCCACGUAAGAGCUGCCAUGAAGACCUCGGUGCUGCUGACGUGGGAGAUUCCUGAGAACUACAACCCUGCGCAGCCGUUUACGAUCUUGUAUGAUAACGGUCAAAGUGUGGAGGUGGAUGGGAAGCUGACGCAGAAGCUCAUCACCAACCUUCAGCCAGAGACUCAGUAUUCAUUCCUGCUCACCAACCGUGGGAACAGCGCCGGAGGUCUGCAGCACCGCGUCUCCACCAUGACAGCACCUGACAUACUUCGCACCAAACCAUACCUGAUUGGCAAGACCAAUUCAGACGGCAUGGUCACGGUUGAGCUGCCGACGGUGCAGACAGCAGAGAAAAUCAAGGGAUACUACAUUGUGGUGGUACCGCUGAAGAAACAACGGCCCGGAAAAUUCAUCAAACUCUGGGACAAUCCGGAUGAGAUGAAUCUGGAAGAGUUGUUGCGAGAAAUCAACCGAACGAGUCGCGCUCUUCGGUUUCGCAGGCAACUGGAGCUGAAGCCGUACAUCGCCGCAUAUUUCCACGAGUUGCCAACGGAGUUCACGCUAGGUGAUGCCAAGACGUACGGAGACUUCGAGAACAAACAGCUGUUGAAUGGACAGGAGUAUGUGUUCUUCGUGCUGGCUGUGCUGGAGAUCUCAGAGAAUAUGCUGUACGCGGCAAGUCCAUACUCUGAUCCGGUGGUGUUUGCUGAUAUCGACCCACAGCCCAUAAUCGAUGAAGAGGAGGGUCUGAUCUGGGUCGUGGGGCCUGUGCUGGCCGUCAUCUUCAUCAUCUGUAUUGUCAUCGCCAUCUUGCUGUACAAGAGCAGUCAACCAGACAGGAAAAGGGCAGAGUCAGAGGCCAGGAAAGGCAGUCUACCCAGCGGUAAAGAAAUGCCUUCCCAUCACCCCACCGACCCCGUAGAGCUACGCCGUCUGAACUUUCAGACUCCUGGUUCAGCCACAUCGGUUUACCCCAGUAACCUCCAUUUGUCAAGGAUGGCCAGUCACCCUCCCAUCCCGGUCAUGGAGCUGGCUGAUCAUAUCGAGCGCCUGAAAGCAAACGACAACCUGAAGUUUUCACAGGAAUAUGAGUCAAUUGAUCCUGGUCAGCAGUUCACGUGGGAGCAUUCAAACCUGGAGGUGAAUAAACCAAAGAACAGAUACGCUAACGUCAUCGCCUACGAUCACUCCAGGGUCCUGCUCUCCGCCAUCGACGGUAUUCCAGGAAGCGAUUACAUCAACUCAAACUACAUUGAUGGUUACCGCAAACAGAACGCCUACAUUGCUACACAAGGCGCGCUGCCGGAGACCUUCGGCGAUUUUUGGCGUAUGAUCUGGGAGCAGCGAAGUGCAAAUAUUGUCAUGAUGACCAAACUCGAGGAAAGAUCCAGGGUGAAGUGUGACCAGUACUGGCCAAACAGAGGGACAGAGACGUACGGACUCAUUCAGGUCACGCUGCUAGACACUGUCGAGUUGGCGACGUACUGCGUCCGAACGUUUGCACUUUACAAGAACGGCUCCAGUGAGAAGCGGGAGGUGCGGCAGUUCCAGUUUACGGCGUGGCCGGAUCACGGCGUUCCAGAACAUCCCACGCCAUUCCUGGCCUUCCUGCGCAGGGUCAAAUCAUGCAACCCGCCAGACGCUGGACCAAUGGUGGUGCAUUGCAGUGCCGGUGUGGGUCGGACUGGCUGCUUCAUCGUCAUCGACGCCAUGCUGGAGCGAAUUAAACAUGAGAAGACGGUAGACAUUUACGGUCAUGUCACGCUCAUGCGUGCACAGAGGAACUACAUGGUCCAGACGGAAGACCAGUACGUCUUCAUUCACGACGCGCUCCAGGAGGCCGUCACUUGCGGGACCACUGAGGUUCCCGCCCGGAACUUGUACGCCUACAUCCAGAAGCUCACGCAGAUCGAGUCCGGAGAUAAUGUUACCGGAAUGGAGCUAGAGUUUAAGCGGUUAGCUAACACAAAAGCUCACACCUCACGGUUCAUCAGUGCCAACCUGGCCUGCAACAAAUUCAAAAAUCGACUGGUUAACAUCAUGCCCUACGAGUCCACGCGCGUCUGUCUGCAGCCAAUCAGAGGAGUUGAGGGCUCCGAUUACAUCAACGCCAGCUUUAUUGAUGGAUACAGGCAACAGAAGGCUUACAUUGCAACGCAGGGUCCUUUAGCCGAAACCACAGAAGACUUCUGGAGGAUGCUUUGGGAACAUAACUCAACCAUCAUAGUGAUGCUGACCAAACUCAGAGAGAUGGGCAGAGAAAAAUGCCAUCAGUACUGGCCAGCAGAGCGUUCAGCCAGGUAUCAGUACUUUGUUGUGGAUCCAAUGGCUGAAUACAACAUGCCCCAGUACAUCCUGAGAGAGUUCAAAGUGACAGACGCCAGGGACGGACAGUCACGGACCGUCAGGCAGUUCCAGUUCACAGACUGGCCAGAACAAGGCGUGCCAAAGUCAGGGGAAGGCUUCAUCGACUUCAUCGGCCAAGUGCAUAAAACAAAAGAGCAGUUUGGUCAGGAUGGACCCAUAUCGGUCCACUGUAGUGCUGGCGUCGGCCGGACAGGAGUCUUCAUCACGCUAAGUAUUGUUCUGGAGCGGAUGCGUUAUGAAGGCGUGGUGGACAUCUUCCAGACGGUCAAGAUGUUAAGAACACAGCGGCCGGCAAUGGUCCAGACCGAAGAUCAGUACCAGUUUUGUUACAGAGCCGGGUUGGAGUAUCUCGGGAGCUUCGACCACUAUGCAACAUAAGAUCUUCGUCACGCUGUCAGGGAGACGGAUCGGCCAUCAGACAUCCAGCGGUCAUUUAAUUCUUCUGAGCCAUAAAUACCUGCUUGUGAAAAGAACUUAAACUCUUCGAUUACAUGUUGGAUGUGCAACGUAAACCUAGAAAUAUUUAAAUGACAAUAAAAGACAAAUAUCCAGGUGGACCAAGAAAAAUCACCCCGAUCUGAUUUCAAAAAGUGAAUAAUGAAUAAAUAAAUAGUAAUAGUAAUAAUAAUAAUAAUAAUAAUAAUAAUUUCAGACAGGUGAAUCUAGACUGAUGAAGCAUCACGCAGAAAUAAUGGUUGCUUCAAAGAUUCAUGAACACAAAUCAUAAAGGAACAUUGUGGAGUCAACGAAUGCAGAGACGCUGUGAGACGGGGAGCUCAACACACAUUGUAAAGAGAGUUGGUUUUGUUCCACAAUCAAUACGAGGAGAUACGUCACAGAUGAAGAGAGGAGACUUCAUCACAACCAUCAUCAUCAUAAAAGAAAACUAAACAAACGGACAGAGCUGAAAGUAAUAACUAUCGGUAGGUUAGAUGUCUGGAGAAAUUACUGUACACAAAUAACACUGCUUUUGGUUUAAGUUCUGUGACUGUUUCUUUUUCUUUCUUUUUUUCAAGGACAAAUCAGUUCAAACUGACUGUAUUAUUUUUUAAACAAUGUUUCUUUUUAUUUUAUUUUUUUCUGAUGUCCUGAUGUUUGCACCUCUGUGCCCUCCUUUUCAUUGUUUUGCCGAAGGUUUGUGGCAUUUUGUUUUGUGAACACACAUACACACACACACACACACACACACACUGAAUCAUGGGGUGGGCAGAGUAUAAAGGUUAGAAGAUAUCUCAGUUCUUCCAGAGAGAGAUAUUAAUAGAGAUGUCUUUAUUUAUAUAACGUUGAAAUGUAUAUUCACAAAACAUGACUAAAAUGCGAGGAUAUAUAGAUAUAUAAAUAUAAUAAUAUAUGGAAGUGAUGGUGAGUUUCUGUACAUCCGUUGGAGGAACGAUUUCCGCUGGAAUGCACAUCAGAAGGAUGGACAGACGGACACAGACCACGUUUAACGCAUCUUUUCUUGUGCAAUAAAUCUGUGUUUUACAGCCAGAGGGUUCGAUUCUCGUUUGACGAGGACGGGGUGAUUGUCGUCAUAUUCACAACCUCAUAGGUCAAAGGUCAUCAUUGUGCAUCUGUUAGGCCAUAAGACAUCCAUGUGUUCAUUCUUUUGCAUUUAGAGUGCCUUAUAUUUAUGCCUGUUCUUUUUUAUGAUAUUCAUUUAACAAUGUGUAUAGUUUCAUUAGUUCAUGUAUGACUAGAGUAUUUAUCGAUUGAUUUCCCUCACGUACGGAUUUAUAUUGUAUGAAAUUAUAUAUGCAAAUACGUAAUUCCAUCAUUACUGUUUAAUUUUCUGUGGCCUUAAUUAGUCACAGAGAAGAAGAAAAAAACAACAUGUGUACGAAAAGAAAGAAAAGCGUUCGAUAACCGCCAGGCCCGAUACUGUUAAAUCAUUUCUUUUGUAUUACUCAUUAUAAACUUUUGAGUUCCCAAAUGGCACAAGCAGAAUCCUGGGAAAAAUUAAUGACUUUCUGUCUUUUUAAAGGCCAAGCUUUAGCAUCAAAUGUCCCGUCAUCUUUGCAAAUUUUCUGCAGUGGAAAAUGAACCUCAAAACCUCUUGUUCAAAGAACCAAGUUAUUCUGAAAAUCCUGAAGAGCUCUAGGCGAUAAGCUACAAAGUAUUUUAAUGUGCAAAUUCUGAGACAAGAAUAUUAUUAUUUUACACUUUACAACCUCACUGGCUUUGUGGAUGUGCAUUCCAGAUGCUUUUUCCCCAGUUCCCCCUCCCCCUCUUUCUUGUUUAGAAUAGAUAAAGCGAUUUGUUAUCAGUCCGAAAUUAAUGUUUUUGCUUAUUUUGUUGUUCAUUUCAAAUGUUUUCAUUGUCUCACUUGAGUCACAAUGUCGAGAAACAAGCAGCUGUUGCAUAGCCUCAUGCAACUGUCAGCGCCACCUAGUGUUCAUCGCUUCAAUGUGAAAUCUGUUACACAUCAGCUUUUCUUUCACUGUUCUGGAUCUUAUUUGAAUAUGCAUGAGUUCAACUGCAGUGGGGGCGAGUAGGAAGAAUUGCACUUUGUAUCUCUUUAUCUCUAUGCACUGCCCUACUGAUUCUGCACCCAUUACAGAUUUUACUUGAACCGAACUGUACGAAUCUCCUUCAAACUUCACUGGGUGUGUAUGUAAAUAACACAGAAAAGAGACUACCCAAGUAAAAAGAGAAAAAAGAAAAGAAAAAAAAAAGAUUAAAAAAAAGCUAAUCGGUUGCGAAAAGAGCAUCUUUAGCAGGUGAUUACUAAGUGUCACUUCUUCCCCGUUCAGCCGGUUGAAAGACUGAAGCGUCACAAACGCAAACGUGCACGUGGUGUUUCUAAGCUCCCUGUUACUCUCACAUCUGGAUGCAUAGACUGAAAGUAAUUCAAUUCAGUUGUAAAGAAAAAAAUGGCUUGUUAAAAAAAUAAUCAUAAAAUUACCUCUAAUUAGUUGUAAAUGUAAAAUGUUUUUUGAUUUGAUUUUUUUUCCUCUGAAUGAAUGGAGUGCUUUUUAUUUUCAUACUUAGAUGACAUUGGUGAAAAGACACAUCUGUACGAGAAGCCGUCCUUCUGUACUUUGCUGACACAAGUUCCAUUUGUUAUAAAUGAAUUCUAUUAAAAAAUGUAAGUGUUAUGCA